GAUCACAUGACUGGGCCAUCGAAAUCCUUGGUUUGAGUUCGUUGGAUCUGGACUGGGCCGGGGAAAUUGCAGUACAUGUACACUGUGCAGCUACAGUACAGGCACAGUACAGGUGUACGUAUGUGACCUAGCUACGCUGACGAUUGACGUGCCAUAUAUCAAACCACUGUAAACAUUAAUCAGAUGAUUAGUGUUAAAAGUGCUGUUGAGCUGACGUUUGGGCUGGACGUUAAGUAAUAUAUAUCAGAGGACUUUUCUGAGGAGCCUCCUCUCUUCAGCCUGCAGGAGACAGGAGUCGUUUGUUGCUAUUGAAAAACUCAAUUGCUGACCGACCAUGGGCCUUGGUAAUAUCCUCCUCCUCUCCCAGAUCAUUGGUUACAUCUUCGGUGCCAUCUUCUCUCUCUUCACUUUUCCACCCAUCGCAGUCAGCCAGCAGCACUUUGAUGAUCACUGUAUCCUAUUCUCGACUGGCUACCUGAAUAAAACCAUUGGAGGUCGAUAUGUGGUGAAUCAGUGGUCUCUAGGAAGCCAGUGUGGGUUCGCUAUCUUUGUUGGAAUUCAGCUGAUGGGGAUCUCUCUCUGGCAGAGUAUUCGUCUUUCAAUACACGCAAUCAAUGGCACUGACAGCUCUUUCCUGAUGACCUGUAUUACUUUAUUGGUGAACCUUCUGAUGAACAUCAUGCUGCUGGCUUCUGCCAUCACUGUCACAGACGGAUACAAAGUGUGGUGUGCAGCUAUUCAGAAAGCUGGUGAAAGCUGUGAAUUUGCAGGAUAUGCCAAUGAGUUCUUCGCUGAUGGAAAUAUAAGCCCAGAAGGAUUCAACAUUGACUGGGGUAUAGCGCAGUUUGGUUUGUGGACAUCAUGGAUACUGUACACCAUCCUCCUCAUCUUCUCGCUCAUCAAAAUCUGCAAGCUUCACAAGCAAGAGAACAUCCUACACAGUCUUACAAGAGAAAGACAAAGGCUAUUGGGUCACUAUGAACAACCAGAUGUGUAAUGCCUUUCAGCUCAACUCCCUCCCACAGAGGUUUGUUUUCUGUAACCAUUGAAGUGCUUUGAAUUUUUAAGAGAGGCUUUAAGAAUACUCAGUUUCCAUCACCUUUUGAAUCACAUUAAACUUCAGGUAAUAUAGGGUGUAUCCAGUUUUCUUAAAUCUGACUUGUUUUUGUAAGGUUGAACUCAAUUUUGUAAAACGUUUUAGUACUAAAAUAUAUAUUGCAUUUUUGUUGCAUUUCAAAAUAUCAAACUAUGAAGUAGAUUCUAAACAUGUUAACAUGCCAGUUACGCAUUAUAAAAAAUCAAACACAAAACAGAUAUUGCAGGUGUGUAUCUGGUAAAUAUCUUUUAAUUUUGUGCUUGUGUAUUUUCAACUUUUAUUAGAAAAUGUUAUGCACAAUACAGGAACAAGGAAAUCAGUGACUGUAAAAACCUCUAGAUAUCUGUUGCACUCAUUUGAUCUAUGGAAGUUUAUACUCUACCAGAAUAGAUGACAUUACUGUUGUGAUAUCAUAAAUAACCUCUAGAUAUCUGUUGCACUCAUUUGAUCUUUAAAGGUUUAUACUCCACCAGAAUAGAUGACAUUACUGUUGUGAUAUCAUAGUGGUACUAUCAGGGAUUUUAUAAUGGUGCAAAAUCUGACUGUAGCUAUAUGUACCUUUUUGGUAAUAGAUCAUUGUUGUGUUAAAACUCGCUAUGCUCAAGCCUUGUUCACACUUGAUUAUUAAACUGCUUAAUAAGAAAAAAUAGCUCUGAAAAGACUGCCUAAAGAAAAAUAAACGAAAUAAAAUUACUUUUAAUAUUUAAAGCAUAGUGCAUUUCAUACUAUCUGUAUCUUGUUAGGCACAAAUAGACAAGUAUGCUGUUGCUCGCAGCUGUUUUUUAAUUUUUUUUUAAAAACCACCAUUUUCCAUUCUUUUUCUAUUUAAAAUGGUUUACAUUUUGCCAUGGGAUGGGAGCCUUUUUUGUUUAUUGAGGAAUUCCCACAUGUAUGAACAAAGUUUUAGCAAGUCUGAAAUAUUGAAGAAGGCAUGAUAUGCACUUGAUAUGCUUUUUUUUCUUUUAUACUGUUUUGCAAAAUUUGUAUUUUUUUUGUAGUCAUAAUUUUGUAAUUUUUCUACUCAAAAGGUGUUCUAUUUUUUUAUGCUGUAUUGUCAUUAAAUUUUUGGAAAAUGUUGUUGUCAGUUGAAAACAAUUUCAACCACUGAUUUGUAUUACAAGAGAAGUCUUAAAGUAAUUCUUUGAGAUCUAAGAAACCUAUGAAAGUAUAAUGAAAUACAUGUCUUAAUUUCUGCAAAUUCUUUUGUGCACAUUUGUUACAUCAAAAUAUGAAAAAAAGGUGAGCGAUAUUUAAAGUAUUAGACAGAAAAUAGGACUGAAAGGCAGGCUUCAUUCAUAGUUAGAAAUGUGUGUACCUUCAUAUUUCAAAACUUUUCAGGCUGAAUAUGUAGAUAAGUCCAAUUUAGUGGUAUCUCUAUUACCGGUACCUUGGAAAUAAUAUAUCAUGUACACAUAGGAAGAAUAUAUAUAUUAUUUAGUCUUGCCCUGUUUAUGGACUUUGAAUGUUCCUUUUGUAAUUUGUUUGCAAUUUUUUGUUGUUGUUUUGUUUGUUUGUUAUUUAGGGAUGAAUGCAUGUUAUUACAUAUUACCUAAAGUCCUACUUUUUACCCAGUUAGAUUCAAACAGUAACACUUAUUGCAUUAUGUGAUAUAUAUAUGUACAUGAAAGACUAUAAUUGUAUGGCAGAGUACUUUAGAUUAUUUAACAUGUGUUCACACCCGCCAGUACUUAAGACAUGGCUGAUGAUACUUGAAGGCAAGUUUAACAAUUUAAACUUUUAAUUUUAGUUGUAGAUCUAAACACACUUUGAUACAUGUAUAUAAUAUUAUUCAUACUUGGUGUGCAUGAUUGAUAGUUAUCCUAGGUAUUUACUAACUCAUAAUAAAUGUACUACUUUGGGCCACUGAAGUUAAUAAAUUGAUGCACGGUUGCCAUUGUGGCUGAAUUUUAUGACAAUAGUAAAGAAUUAUGCAAAUUUCAAUUCAUGUUGAAACAUUGAUAUUAUCCUAGAUAUUUACUAACUCAUAAUAAAUGUACUACUUUGGGCCACUGAAGUUAAUAAACUGAUACACGGUUGCCAUUGUGGCUGAAUUUUAUGACAUUAGUAAGGAAUUAUGCAAAUUGCAAUUCAUGUAGAAACAUUGAUAUUAUCUACAGUAGGUCUUUAAACAAAAUGGCUACUCCAAAACCAACCUGUUCAUAUCAUCAAUAUUUUCUUCUAUUUCAAGUGAGUAAUAUUCCCAUAUUCGAAGAGCAAAGAUCAUGGAAAAAAUAUUUUGUAUUUUGUAUUGAAAGAUGCCUUUCUGCUUCAUGUCAUUAUAACUUUACCCAGUACAUGCCAAUUAUACAUGAAUAUUGAAUAACUUGUAAGUAAAGAUUUAGAGGGUUAAGAGUAUAUAAUUUCGAUGUGUGUGCAAUUUUAACAGCUUGAAAAUCUCAUGUUCCUUUUUCUGGCGGGAAUUAUCUAUGGACAGAUUAAUAUUUUCUAAUAAAACUAUCUAAUUUCUUAGGUGAAUAUGGCCUGUAUCCAGCCCUUAAAUUGUAAAAAAUCUAUUGUAUACCUAUACAACUGUGCAUGCACAUAAAGCAUUGUACUUUGUAUUAGAUUACUACAAAUUUUAAGACUUUAAAGCAAUGAAGAAUUCAAGAGAUACAUCCCCCCACAACUUUGCUGAUUUGAAAAAUACAUUAAUAUUAAUGUAAAAGAGAUAGGUAUUUAAAGUGACUCUUGCCUUCAAACAAUUCAAACUUAUUACAAAGAUAAAAAGGAUUGAUCAAGUAUAAUUUUUUUUUUGCUGUGAAGUGAAAAUAAAAGUGAUAUUUUUUUCUACUAAAAUCUCAAGAUGUUCUUUAAAGAGAAUGUUUUGUGAUAUAUGUAUGAGAAGAAUAGCAAAAUUACUAUUAUUCAUCAGAUAAUUACAAGUGGUAUCCCCAUAUACGAAUACAAAUUCUUAUUUGUUUUAAAAGCUUGGAAAAAGGUUUACAUAGGUGUGGUUUUGAAAGGUUUAUCUAAUAACAUAAGGUUUUGUUUACAUUCAUUUUUUGUACUUAUUGUUGUUUUCUUGUAGUACAUGUGCUUAAAGAAAAUCACUUUGUGGAAGCUUACCAUAAUUAUCUACACAUAUUGCAACUUUACUGUUCAGCUAUGAGUCCCUUUGUAUUGAGAUCUUGGUUUUAUUUCAAAAGGUACCCGGAGAUGAAGAUACCACACAAUGAUGUACAUUGGCUGUAGAACUUGAUUUUUAUUGUUUUAUGCUUGAGAGGAAAGGUGUGUUCCUUCAUCAAAUACGCUAUCAAUUGUACUUAUUGAGAACUGCUUAAUAAUGGUACUUAUGCUUGUUUAUAAUCAUGACCUUGCUGAAAGCACAAUUACAUGUAAAGUGGAUGUGUCCACUGUAACUAGUUAAAUUACAGGUUACUAUUUGCUACUUCUAUUGAAAUAUGUUUUAUUACUGUAUCAUAUAUUUCUAAUAAAUUUUCUAUUAACUAAA